AUGGCUGAGACAUCAUCUAUCAACCGCCGUGAACAGCUUCGUCACCUUAAUAAUUCAUUGAUUAGUGGAUGCUUAACCGUCCAAGAGUAUGACGAACUCCGACCGUUUGUGUCCCCUACAUUUCAGUCACAUCGACAAAAUUACGCCACACGUGUUACUGCCCAAGCACAGCAGCCAAGUGACACGAAUGCAGCAGCAUCAAAUGAACAACAAUCGGCUGUUCGUCGCAAUGUUCGUUUUGCCGAAGAUGUGGUCCCUCCGCCACCCGUUGAGGCGCCGCCUCAGUAUCAGAUUCUCGCAACUCUUGCAGCUUCCGUGUCCACAGGACUGCAAUUACGCUGUCCGGUGUGCAGCACCAGUAAUGACACAGCGCGCAGUCGACACUGCUACGUGUGCAACUCACGGCUUAUGAUUAUUAAUGGGUUGCCGGCUGCAGCAGCUGCGAGGAGGUUGGGGACUAGAGGAAGCACAGGACAUAUUGUACCGCCUACUACAGACGCAUUCACACUGUCAGAUGCUGGACACGUCAUGUUUUGUGACGGCUUCUUCUCCUGCGUUGUGCAAAACACACAGACCAUUGCGACAAGGGAAGGCAAAACUUGCCAAGUUUUUGUCAUGUGCUGCACAUGGCGUCCUCGACAAGUCAUUGAGGAUGGAAGGCAGCAAACUGAAGCGACGUGGUACGUCUCACAACGCUUUAGCAACUUUGAAAAGCUGCACAAAAGGCUCAAGAAGAGGUUAUCACGCUCAAUCGCGGUGUCGUUGCCUCCAUUUCCAGCCAAAUAUCACCUGACUGAUCGAUUGGAGAAGAGAAAGCAGGGCUUGACGAUCUACAUGCCGCGGUUGCUUGAGAUGUGCGCAAUUCUGUCCAAUGCACAGCCAGAGCUAGAUGAGUUCUUGGAUAUCUCGCACCAGAUUCGGCUCUUUCUCUCGCAACACCCCAACGUUGCUACAGCUUCUACUGUGUCUUCUAGUAUGCCGGCCGAAUACACUCAACAAACGGUGGCUCCGACUUCCUCCACAGCGGUGCCCACAUCCUUUUCUGAGCAUGCAGGCUCCGCAAUGUUUUCUGCUCAGUCCGUGGCUCCGCCUAUGGAUGAGAUAGAACUUGCUCAAGCGGAGGGUGCUGUAAAGCUCCUUGCGCAGGCCGUACGCAAAGCACGAGGUGACGUACGUACCGAUGGCAUUGUGCAACAUCAUUUAAAUGUGUGCGUGCAGUUGGCACCGGGUUUGCAGCGCUCUGCUGACCUAGAAAAUCCGUUUGCCAGUGCCGAACUCAUUCCUCGUGCUAUGCAGUGCGAAGAAGACCUGCACCAGGCCGUUGCGAUGUACAAUGACUCUUUACUGGCUGCCUCGGGAGUGACACCGUCCCAGCAGCAAGUCCGGCAUCCAGAGCCGCACGUUCAAGCACAGCAUGUACCAGUUCGCAACGUCGUGCCUGCAAGCGCUGCCUAA